AUGGGCACAACCAACACCAUCUCAAACAAUCCUAACCCAAUUAAAGGCUACAUCCUCCUCGCCAUUAACGGCCUCUUUCUCAUUCUCGGAGGAGCCACUGUCCCCCCUCUGUUGCGCCUCUACUUCAUACAUGGUGGACAACGCAACAAGGCCAAGGUGGUGGUUACAUACACGUUGGUGUUGGAGAUGCAAGUGAUAAUGUAUGUGGUGGCCACGGCUUUUUGCACGGUUGGGAUGAUUGUGAAUAAGAACUUUCAGGCUAUUCAGAUAGAGGCCAAAGAAUUUGGAUUAGGAGAGUGUAAAUAUUAUCUGACAGUGGUGGCAAGCGGUGUAAUGUGUCAGCUUUUCUUUAUAGGAAAUGCUGGUUUCAUCUUUUGCACUUCCUCCAUGGUUACCUGUGUUUUUGUAGCUGUGCUAAUCCCAGUGAAUGAGCUAUUGGUGGUCCUCUUGUUCCAUGAAAAGUUUACUGGUGAAAAAGGCAUGGUUCUUGUUUUGUCAAUGUGGGGUUUUGUCUCUUACUUCCAUGGGAAGCACCUCAAUGCAAGGAAGAAGACAGAGCCUGUCAUGGAUGUAGAGACAAACCAAUUGUAA